AUGGAAGGAGAUAAAGUAGGAAAGGGAAAACCAUGGAAAGAAUCUUCAAAGAAAGGGAAGUUUCCACCUUGCAACCACUGUAAAAGAACCAAUCAUCAAGAGAAGGACUGUUGGUUCAAAGGAAAGCCAUCCAUUCAGUGUAGAUUCUGUAAAAAGAUGGUUCAUAUUGAGAAAAAUUGCAGGUUCAAGCAGAAUCAGCCACAACAACAUCAUGCACAACAGGCAAAUUUUAUUGAAGAGUCAGAAAAGGAAGAACAAAGCUUGUUUAUGGCUUCUCACGAAGAAAACACAAGCAACAAAUCCUCAUGGUUCAUAUACAGUGGAUGCACGAGUCAUAUGUCACAAAAUGAGCUCUUGUUUCACACACUUGACAAGUCGUUCAAAGCUAAAGUUAGGAUGGGAAAUGGUGAAAUAGUGGAUGCACAUGGAAAGGGUUCAGUUGCCUUUCAAACUACACAAGAUAGUUUGAUUGUUAAAGUAGAAAUGGUGGAUAAAUCUUUUCCUUUAGAUGAGAAGUUUGAUAGUGCAAAUUUUGCAAUUUUUAAGAACUUUAAAGCUUUUGUUGAAAGACAAAGUGGUUGUAAGCUGAAGUCUUUGAGAUCGGACAAUGGUGGUGAAUACACUUCAAAUGAGUUCAAUAAGUAUUGUGAAGAAAUGGGGAUUGAUCAUAAGUUGACAGUAAGUUAUUCACCCGAACAAAAUGGAGUCUCGGAGAGGAAGAACAGGACUGUUGUUGAAAUGGCUAGAUGUUUGUUGCUUGAAAAGAAACUACCACAAAGCUUUUGGGCAGAAGCUGUUUAUACUUCAGUAUAUCUGUUAAAUAGGUUGCCAACUAAAGUUGUGGAUAAAAAAACUCCUAUUGAGGCUUGGAGUGGAACAAAACCAUCUGCCAAGCACUUAAAAAUCUUUGGUUCGAUUUGCUAUUCUCUUGUUCCUUUAGUCAAAAGAAGAAAACUUGAACCAAAAGGUGAAUUGGGGAUCUUUAUUGGUUAUUCAUCGCAAGCUAAAGGUUAUAGAGUUUUCAACUUGAAAACAAAAAGUAUUUCCAUCAGAAGAGAUGUUGUAGUAGAUGAGCAUGCUUUGGAACUGGGACAAGGAGCAAAUUGA